AAGAAGAAUGAAAAACGACAGAUUUUUUUUAGGAUUCUUUAUAUAGAGUUAUUUACAAGUUAUUUUCAAAAAUGAGAAUUUUAAAUCUGAUAUAAACUAUAAGUACCCGUGUUGGUAGCCAGGAUUACUUUCAUCUGAAUAUAAAUAAUGCCUGCCUAUCACUCAAGUUUUUUGGAGCCUCCCCAAGUAGUGGGAAAUACAGCAAUUUUGCCAAUCAAAACACAGUUCAGAGGUCCAGCUCCCCAAUACAUUAGCAAUCCAGCAGACCAAGAUAUUAUUGAUGAAGCCCUUUAUUAUUUCAAAGCUAAUGUUUUUUUCAGAACUUAUGAAAUUAAAUCGGAAGCCGACCGUCUGCUAAUAUAUAUUACCCUGUACAUAACAGAAUGUUUGAAGAAGCUUCAGAGGUGCAGUACAAAAGGCCAGGCUCAGAAUGAGAUGAAAACGUUGGCAAUAUCAAGAUUUGAUAUUCCUGGGGAUCCUGGCUUUCCUCUGAAUUCUGUUUACAGUAAACCUGCAAAUCAAACUGAUGUUGAGUUGAUGCGUACUUAUUUAACGCAAGUAAGACAAGAGGUCGGCUCUAGAGUUUGUGAGAAAGUUUUUGGUGACGAUGGCAAACCAAGCAAGUGGUGGCUCUGUUUUGCCAAGAAGAAGUUCAUGGAUAAAUCACUUUCUGCUCCAGGCCAAUGAAUGAACAUUCAAUAUAUGUAAGAUUGUAAACUUGCUGGAAUAUUUUAUAUUUAUAUUCAUUUUUAAAAUUAAACUUUCUUGUUAUUUCGGUUAAUGAAUUAGAAACGUGUCAUGAAACAUUA